UCGCAGAAACGGCGAGACUGGAACACUUUCCAGCAGUACCUGAAAAACCACAAGCCACCGCUGACGCUGGGCCGCUGCAGCGGAGCUCACGUGAUCGAGUUCUUGAAGUACCUAGACCAGUUUGGGAAGACGAAGGUGCACGUAGCUGGUUGCCCCUACUUCGGGCAGCCCAACCCUCCGGCGCCAUGCGCCUGCCCGUUAAAACAGGCGUGGGGCAGCCUGGAUGCCCUCAUCGGGCGGCUGAGAGCCGCCUAUGAGGAGAACGGCGGCCGGCCGGAGUCCAACCCUUUCGGAGCAAAGGCGGUGAGGAUAUAUCUGAGAGAAGUAAGAGAAAGUCAGGCAAAGGCCAGAGGAGUACCCUAUGAGAAGAAGAAGCGUAAGAGACCCUCUUCUUCUUCCAACACAACAACAGUAGCUGAUGUCGGAGGUAGUAGCGCCGCCGAAGGUGGCAGCGGCGGCGGAGACGGAAGUUGAUGGCGGAGAUGGUACCCUGGUCAGGUUACUGUGCCCGCAACAGCUAGCGUAUAUACUAGUUCGUAGUUAUUAAUUACCUCAUAAUCCAAUUCUUUAUAAUAUUUCAACUUUUAAAA